CAAAUUUUUUCAAUUAAGAAUGCGUAUCUUAUUCAAGACCUCAGAAGCACAUUGAGAUUUUUUUUUCCUCCUAGGAAGUACGUUUCUUUGAACUGCCUCCCCUCCGAAUGUGUGACUAACUGUGUCUUGCUGUUGCAGGCGGACAUCUGGUCCCUGGGCAUCACAGCCAUCGAGCUUGCCAAGGGGGAGCCGCCGCAUUCCGAGCUGCAUCCCAUGAAGGUCCUAUUCCUCAUCCCAAAGAACAACCCCCCGACGCUGGAAGGGAACUAUAGCAAACCCCUCAAGGAGUUCGUGGAGGCCUGUUUGAACAAGGAGCCGAGCUUUUCCCUCCCCAUGGAGCUGGUGCCCACUCACGGGCGCACCUGGGUUUCUGUGUUAAGGGAGACGGACACGGAUGGCCAGGCUUCCGGAGGCAGCGACUCGGGGGACUGGAUCUUCACGAUCCGGGAGAAGGAUCCAAAGAGUCUGGAGAAUGGAGCACUCCAGCCGUCAGACCUGGAAAGAAACAAGAUGAAAGACAUCCCAAAGAGGCCUUUCUCUCAGUGUUUAUCUACGAUUAUUUCUCCGCUCUUUGCAGAGCUGAAGGAGAAGAGCCAGGCGUGCGGAGGCAACCUGGGGUCCAUCGAGGAGCUGCGCGGGGCCAUCUACCUGGCGGAGGAGGCCUGCCCCGGCAUCUCGGACACCAUGGUGGCCCAGCUGGUGCGGAGGCUGCAGAGAUAUUCUCUAAGUGGUGGAGGAACUUCAUCCCAUUGAAAUCCCUUUGGCAUUUGGGGUUUUGUUUUUCCUUUUAUUUUUUUCCUUCUUCACCCUCUUCCUUUUCAAAACUCAACGAGAGCCUUUGCUGACUCCGCUGAAGAGGCGCACCAUCGGGGGGCUGUUCCCGCCGCAGGGUCGCCUGUCCAGGGCCCCAUGGCCCUUCCCUGCUGGCCUGGGGCCUGAUAGACUACGGAUGGGGUGGGGGAAGGCCAGCUCCUCCAAGCGAUUAUUUUAUUAUUCUCGUUUUUAAUUUUAACCAUAGUGCACAUAUCAAGGAAAAGUGUCUUUGAAAACAAAAAUAAACCCUGAAAUGUAUAUCUGGGAUUAUGAUAAGGCGACUGAAGAAAUGAAACCUCAGGUAUCCUGCUUUACAUUGAUAAGCACCCCGCCCCUCCCCGUCCCCCACCCCAGGAGAUGGAGAAAUCGCUCUGGUGGAUCAGUGUACAGACUUGUAAAUAGCGUCAUUUUUACGGAAAACCCUUUUGGCGUGCAUAGGAAUCACUGUGUACACAUCGGCCAAGUGCUUCUGUAGAUACCGUCAGUGGAGUAAAUAUUUGACAGGCCAUAACUUGAGUCUAUUGCCUUGCCUUUAUUACAUGUAAAUUUUGAAUUAUGUGACCAGUGAUUUGGGUUUUAUUUUGUAUCUGCAGGGUUUGCCAUUAAUAAUAAUUAAAUGCCCCUCUUCGGGAACACUCCCUCUGUUUGUACCUCAGCAAAUGCGGAUUUUUUUUUUUCCUCCUGCGUGCCCUAUGACCCCUUCGGUACACUUAGAAGUUGAUUUUCCUGUUUUCAUUGAUGGUACUAUUUCUUAGUGUUUUAAAUGGAAACAUAUCGCGCCUCAUGAAGCUUUAAAUUAUUAUUUCAAGUUUCUCCCCGAUGAAGCGUCCUCGUCUCACUUUCACUGGAGUCGUGCCCGGCCCGUGUCCCGCGCCAGCCGGCCCGUCCUCCCAGUAGGGUUUUCUGUUGCACCUUGUAGUGAAACCUGCGUAUCAUCUUUCGAAACCUCAUGUCUGAAUGCUUUCACAAAUAAAUUUUAUAACAGGAUUUUUGCAUACUCUCCUUGGAACGUGACUCUUUAAGAGGGGGCAGUGUGCCUGCCAUGUGUGUGUGGGGGGGUGUGUGUGUGUGCGCGGUGUGCGUGCGCACGUGCGUGCACUCAUGAGGCUCCAGGAAGAAGUGCCCAUGUUCAAGCUGCAGAAACGUCCAGGUCAGCUCCCUAUGCAACUUUUAAAAACGGUCCCCUGAAGAGAUGCGUGACUACUGCUGGCUGGUAAAACUGUUCCGUCUUCCGAGUCAUUUGCUUCCUUCCUUAAAGGAGUGGAUGUCCACCAGUUGGUUAGCCAGGUGUUUCUGUACUUUCUCAGCCUGUGGCAGGGGUCUCUGGGGCGGAAAGUUGAGUUCUUGCUGUGAUUCUUGACCGGUCUGAGUUACGUGUGACAUUCUUGUGUAUUUGUUGAUAGGAGUCAUAGUCCACUCUUGCUGGAGUAGCAGUUCUUGACGUGGAAUCCAAGGCUUUUUGGAAGGAGGGAAGUUACUGGGUAAACUUGAGGACAGGUCAGUUAUCUGCAGGCCCAGUGGCCUGGAAGUCACCGGGAGAGGCCGCUGAGGGGUGCUUCUUGUUCAUUUGGUAGUGGAACGGAGCUAGUUUCUAAAACUCUAAAAUUGUCGUGAUUUGUUAAAUUAAAAGUAGAUUUGGGUUGUUAAUUUCCGUAAAGGAUACAUUUUGGUUAGGAGACAUAGAACCAAAUUGCGAAUCGUCCUUGUGCAAAUAUGUUAAACUGGAAGAAUUGAGAGUAUUUCGUUUUGUGUUUUGGAGAGUGUUAUGAGGGGUCUGUCUCUUCCCCCACGUGAGGCAUAAGCCACAGUUGAGUUUCGUCUGCGGCUGGAGAGAAGCAUCAGAGGACAGAGCCGUGUUCCCCCAGGGGUGUGCCGCUCAGCUAUCUCGAGAGCCCCGUCACAGCAGCUUUCUGACCUCGGGUUCUUCAGACCCGCAUACAGACAGUGGUUUCAAGACCAGACACUGAUGUGAGUGAUGGUGACGCUGACCGGGUAGAUGGGGCUUGGCAAGGUGGUGUGACCGGUUAGCAGACAACCAGUUAGCAGUCACUGGUGGACAGCAACGCACAUCUCCCAGGUCAAAAGGCCAACUGCUCUGGGGUUUGGUUGGAAAUGUCUUCUGUUGAUGGGCUUCUCAGGGUGUGGGGAAGCCAUGUUUUGACCGGCUUUGGAAAGUGGGUUCACUUCCCCUCUUUGCUUUCUGUAGGCAGAGUGUCUUGUUGAGUCAAGGGGGGCUAGCGUUGGUCCAUGUCAGGUUGUUUGUUAAAAGACCAGGGAUCAGAGCUCCAGCAGGACCCCCUCGGGCCUGUGAACGGCAGGUGGUGGUCAGCCAGACCCGUGAGCUCAGCACCUGUGCAUGACCACCACACCGGAGCGUCUGGCUGGUGACCCCCAGCGGUCAGCGGCCUGUCCACCCACACACACUGCAGAUGGCAGGGGUGCCCACACGGAAGCACAGCCGGCCUUUUGGAAGUGGAGGCGGUGGGCCAAUCGUGGCUGGUGGCUUACACUUUGCAAAGUUGUGUCUUCUGUGCGGGCUGCACCAUCGUGGUCUGGGGGCCUUGGGGUCAUCUCGCUGUAACCAAGUGCCACCCACCUUCCCAGUCUGACGGUUUUGUUCAACGGGUCUUUUGAAGCGUUUCGUUGGGUUCUUUAUGCGGCAUUUUGUACCUUCCUUUUGGCAAAACAUGCGGUCUAUUUAUAAGCAUUUUUAUAUUUUUCCUUCCUUAAAAAAACAUGGCUUCUGUAUUUCUGCUAUAAAAUAAUGGCAAUAACGGGGGAGUGCUGCUGCAAGGCGUGUUCUUAAGCACAGGGCUUGUAUCGUGCGAGGGUCAAUAAAGUUCACAGAAACAAA